UCAACUAGGGUUUAUGGUUGGGUCUCUCUUCUCUGGAAAGGUUUCGUUUUCAGCUUGUUGAAGAUGGUGCUCUCGAACAAGAAGCUCAAGCAGAAGCUUCGCCAAGAUUUGGUUAAAUCUCUAUCGGUCUCCGUAGCAGAAACCAACCCAGAAUCAGCCUCGAGCUUGCAAUCUCAAUCUCUGAAAAGUCUCCUUGACUCAGCCAGCCACAAACCCAGAUUGUCAAAGAGAGAGAUACGAAGAAAGCUCGAUACUUCCACGAGAGGAGACGAACCCAAUGAAGUGGAACGUGAUGCUGCGAAAACUGAUGAAAAGAAUACGAAGAAGAGGAAGAGAGACGAUACUGUGGAAGACAAAGUCGGUGAAGAAGGAGAAGGGGAGGAGUCCCAGAAAAAGAAGACUAAGAAGAAAAAACAGAAGAAGAAGAAGAAGAAACGAAAGGUUAACAAAACUCCAAAGAAAGCCGAUGAAGACAAAGUAGAGGAGAAGGUUAAGACAGAAGAGAUUCAAGUUGAGACAGAGAGUAAAGAAGAAGAAGAAGAAGAUGGGAUUGUUCCUAAGAAGAUAUACGUUGGUGGUAUUCCUUAUCAGAGCACAGAGGAUGAGAUUCGUAGCUACUUCAGAAGCUGUGGUGUCAUCACUAAAGUUGACUGCAAGAUGCGUCCUGAAGAUGGUGCAUUCACUGGCAUUGCUUUCAUCACCUUCGAAACUGAAGAUGGAGCUAAUCGUGCUUUGGCUUUUGAUAGAGCUGCAAUGGGUGAUCGAUACUUGACAAUCCAGCAAUACGUGAAAACCACACCUUCCGUGCCAAGAACAAGAACAUCUUCUGGCUUCGUUCCAGAGAUGGUUGAGGGUUAUCACAGGGUGUACAUUGGGAACUUAGCCUGGGACACAACAGAGCGUGAAAUACGCAAGCUCUUCUCCGACUGCGUUAUAAACACGGUGCGGUUGGGCAAAAACAAAGAAACAGGGGAUUUCAAAGGUUACGCGCAUGUGGAUUUCAAGGAUAGCGUCUCUGUGGCUAUGGCGCUUAAGCUGGAUCAGCAGGUUAUCUGUGGAAGACCGGUCAAGAUCUGCUGUGCUCUUAAAGAGAGACCAGUGGGGGAUCAUAGUACUAAUCCUACGCCUGGUGAAACGAACAAUGCUGAUGAGACUGAUGCAGCUGCUGAUGACGUGAACUACUUUGAAAACACGAUGAGCAGCGGUAAGAUCAAAAGGAGGAGCUGUUAUGAGUGUGGAGAGAAGGGUCAUCUAUCUACCGCCUGCCCCAAGAAGCUUCAAGAGACUGUUACCGCUAGACCACCGACCAUGCCAAGCUAUGAUCUUCAAAGGAGCUAUGGUGGUUCUUACAUGGAUGAGACAUACACUGCUACAAAUGAAGGUUAUAGUGAAGGCUUAGCAUCUGAGGUUAGCACUGGUAAGGUCAAAAGGAGGACUUGUUAUGAGUGUGGAGAAAAGGGUCAUCUUUCUACAGCCUGUCCCAAGAAGCUUCAAGAUGCUCAUAAAGAGACUGUUAACGCAAGACCGGCUAUGUUUAGCUAUGAUUAUCAUCAAAAGAACAAUGGUGGUGGUGGUGGUUCUUACAUGAAUGAGACAUACACUGCUGCAAAUGAAGCGACUAGUGGAAGCUUACCAUCUGAGGUUAGCAUUGGUAAGAUCAAAAGGAGGUCAUGUUAUGAGUGUGGAGAGAAGGGUCAUCUUUCUACAGCUUGUCCCAAUAAGCUUCAAAACAGUGAUCGCACAAACUCAAAGGCGGAUCACCAGGCUGUUGAGGCAAGACCGGUUCAGGUAACAAGCUAUAAUAUUCAAAAGGAAUCAGGAGAUACUGACAACAUAGGCGGUUCGUACAUGGACGUGACACAUGCUGCUGAGCCGGUAUCGGUUGCUGUCACUGUUGGAACUAAUGAAGGAGGCUCAGCGUCUAAGGUUAGCGCUGGUAAGAUGAAAAGGAGAAUAUGUCACGAGUGUGGAUUAAAGGGUCAUCUUUCUUCUGCAUGUCCUAAGAAGCAGCAAAAAUAGAGGGUGAUGAACCCAAAAGCCCUACAGACAGCUUAAACAUUGUAACGAAAUGUUCUUGUUUUUUUUUAAUUUGACAUUUGAAAGGAAUAACUCAGGCCACUUGGUAGGAGAGGAGUUUUGUUGGUUCUCUUUUA